AGCCGCCCCGGGAAGCAGCAGGGAUCGCCGCCGCUCGGCCCGGAGCAGCAGCAGCAGCGGGGCCCGGCCAUGGGGAAGCUGCAGCUGUUCGAGAUCCGCCUGAGCGAGAGCCGGGUCGUCUACAGCCCCGGGGAGCCGCUGGCCGGCACCGUCACCGUGCGCCUCUCCGGGAGCCUGCCGUACCGCGCUAUCAAAGUGAGCUGUGUUGGCUCUUGCGGCGUGUCCAACAAGGCCAAUGACACCGCGUGGACUGUAGAGGAGCAGUACUUUAACAGCACGCUCUCGCUGGCAGAUAAAGGGGUUCUGACAGCUGGCGAGCACAGCUUCCCUUUCCAGUUCCUGCUGCCAGCAUCAGCCCCCACGUCAUUUGAAGGCCCUUUUGGGAAGGUGGUUCAUCAGGUCAAAGCCGUGAUAGAUACGCCCCGAUUCGCCAAGGACCACAAGUGCAACAAGGUCUUCUACAUUCUCUGCCCGCUCAACCUGAAUGACAUCCCUGACAUUGAGCAACCCAACACCACGUCCAUCACCAAGAAGUUCAACUACAAGCUGGUGAAGAGUGGAAACAUCAUCUUAACCGCCACCUCGGACCUCAAAGGGUAUAUUGUGGGGCAGGCAAUCCAGCUGCGCACCGACAUCGAGAACAAGUCUGGCCGGGACACUGGCACGGUGGUAGCCAGCCUCCUCCAGAAGGUCGCUUAUAAAUCCAAGCGCUGGAUUUAUGACUUGAGGACCAUUGCGGAGGUGGAGGGCUCGGGGGUGAAGGCCUGGAAGCACGCGGAAUGGAAGGAGCAGAUCCUUGUCCCCGCGCUGCCGCAGUCUGUGCUGCACGGCUGCAGCCUCAUACAUGUUGACUACUAUAUCCAAGUUUCCCUGAAGUCGCCAGAGGUUUUAGUCACUCUGCCUAUUUACAUCGGCAACAUUGCUGUGAACCGGGUUCCUCUGACCCCAGCGAGGUCUGUCCAGCACGUUCCGUCCGUUGUGGUCCCGUCCGCCCCACCAGAAGAGGAGGAAGCUGCCAGUGGCUAUCACCCAAUGGACAACGUUUCAAUCCCCACCAAAAGCCAUUCCCAAUUUCAGACAUUCAGCUACGCUCCAGGACUGAGCUUCCAGGACCUAAGGCUGGACUCAGACCAGACUGCCUCCCCAAACCACCCCACACUUUGCUUGGCGACAGGAGCGACGGUCCCUUACUAUGCUGAGGGGACAGUGGUUCCGGUUCCCACCGCCAGCUCUCUCAUCUUGCCACCGGAGUACAGCACGUGGGGUUACCCCUAUGAGGCCCCCCCUUCCUAUGAACAAAGCUGCAGCAGCGCCAACUCCAGCCUCAGCAAUGGCAACUAGCCCCGUGCUUGGAAUCCUGACAGUGCUGGCACCAUGGCCCCCCGUCUGUGCGGUACCAGACUUGGCAGCAAAGCAUCUUCCACUUGGGGCCACCGGCUACUCCUGGGCUGAGAUUUUUAAGUCCUUUUUUAAAGAAAUCGAGCGGUGAGAAGAAGUGUGGGGCAUGGUGUGUGUAUGGGGGGGGAGGGAAUUGUACAGCCCCCUCACACCUGCUCUCCUGACACAGUGAGGCAGAGACGUUGCCUGCCCUCGGGACACCUUGCACAAUGGUCUGUGUUCCUGUACUGUAAUCCAACACUUUAUUUACUGCUUUAUUAUUGAAGCACCUGUGAUGCCUUAUGGAAAAUGCUACUGAAUUGUUCUCUACUGUCUGCAAUAGCGGGCUCGUGUGGCUUCUUUUGAUAUAUUUCAUGUGGUGGGUUUUUUGAGUGCUGUUUCUAAUCGGGACUGGACUCAGCAGCCUUAGUCAGCCUUCCACAUGGGCCUUUGGUGUAGCUGACUUCCUCAAAGCCCUUCCUACCUGCUCUGCACCCCCACUUUACACCAAAUCAAUCACAGGAGAUCUCGGGAAGGUACUGCCACAGCAGCGAGGGGGUAGAAAAGGCCUACAGCCAGGCUCUCAGCAGUGCCAUGCUGCCAAGUGACUGGCCAGCUUCCAACAGCUGCAAGCGAAAACGUUGCCAGCACAUGACAAGAUGGGGGCUUGCUGUCGCCAGGGCCUUGACCUAAGCCCUCAUCAGUAACCCUAGCGGGGUUCAUAGUGGGGACAGCCCCUGGCAGUGAGGGGGGAAGGGGCCCGUGCUAUACAAUUUAAUACCUUUUCAUGGCACUUUUAAAGCCAGUCUCUGGAGGUCUCUUGCAGGAAUAGAAUUGUCUAUAAAAACCUUAUAGGAUUUUCUGAGCACCACCUGCAGCACCCUACGGGCUUUGUCCCUUGUAAAUGCUCUAGCACUUUGGUAUAAAGGGGAUAAGCUCUGCCAUGCCCGUCAAAUCAGCUGGAGGGUGUAACCUCUUCGUUCCCACUCUCAGCCAGCUGGAAACUGACAAUCAUGCUUCAAACUUGCGUCUCACACUACCUCUGAACUCUCCCAAGGCACCUGAUGGAGAAGCUCUGCCCUUUGAAAUAACCCUGUACCACGAAAUGCUCUCCUCCCAAAGAGCCUUGCUGUGCAGCCGAUGGGAGUGCCAGGAAGGCCCCUUGGACUGUGGCCUGCUUCUGCUUCUCACCACACCAAAGCUGUCUGCAGCUCCCCCCACAAGCUUGUACUGUCCUGGGGAAAAGGCUGAUUUGCCACUGGAGUAGGGUUCCUUGGCUCAUAAGGAAAACUAGCUUUACAAGCUGCAGUGCAAAACCAAACCAAAUGUGCAUGCUCCAGGGGUAGAGGUUAGGGGCAUUUAGGGGCAACUUUUUUUUUCCACCAGAGGCCCUCUACUCCCCCCUUUCUUUUUUUGAGGGUGCCCAUCUUGAUGGCCUACCAGGGUGAUGAUCAGAAAUGCUGAUCACCUACAGCUGCAGCCAUUUUUUCCGCCUGUGAGAGCUGAACCCGAGAUAAAGGGUCUCAAGCUGUGAACCCAAUAGCCGAAGCCAAUUCUUGAGAGACGAAACCUUUCCAUCACCCCUGCUUCCACCUGCCCCUACCUAACCCAGGGCUGGCUGCUGGGGGACAGCGCUCGCUUUUCUGUGCAAAUGUCAUUAAUUGUGCUGAACUGCUUUGGGGGAAGGGGAGGGUGGGGAAAUGACCAUUCCCUAGCAGCGCUGGCACUGUUGGUCGGUCUCUCUCUGCACCGAUAGUUUAUAAAAAUGAUUGUCCAGGUCCAUAAAUAUAUGAAAUACAAACUUGUUUUUAAUGACUGAAUUCAUAACAAAUAAAAUUUUAAUGCUGUAUUUAAUAAAUUAUUCUGAGAAAAAUGGA